AUGUUGAAUACUUUCUUUAAACAUCGUUCAAUAAAUCCGAUAAUUUUUACUCAACGUUAUUUAACUGUAAAAUCCGAUGUUGAUCUAAAUGUUCAAAUGAAAUUAUUAAAUGAUCGAAAACAGUUUAGAAAAUCACUUGAUUUAUUUGAUAAAUAUAAAGAAAAUAAUAUUAACAAAUUAUCCAGUUCAACAAUUACUCAAGCUUUAAAAGCAUGUGCACAAAUCUGUGAUCUCGAACGUGGUUCAACAAUUCAUCGUCUAAUUUCUUCUCGCAUAAAUAAUGAUUUUUAUAUAUUAGCCUCAUUAAUUCAUCUCUAUAUGCAAUGUAGUGAUGUUUCUCGUGCUGAAUCAUUAUUUGAUAGAUCGAAUAAGAAAACCAAAGCAAUGUAUGGAGCAAUGAUGAAAGAAAUACCAAAAUCUUUUCAAUCAGAUCUUUUUCUUUUAACUUCUCUAUUGGAUGCAUUUAUGAAAUGUGGAGAUGUGACUAGUGCUCAAUCAUUAUUCAAUACUUCAAAAACAAAAUCAUUAGAAAUGUAUUCAGCAAUGAUGAAAGGUAAUUAUUUAUAUCUUAAUAAUUAUUUUAUUUUGAAAAUUUGUUCUGAAGGUUACAUAAAAAAUAAUAUGGCAGGAAAAGCAAUUGAUAUUUUCAAUCAAAUUCGAAAUCCUAAUGAAACUAUUACAAAUCUUCUAUUUAAUGCUUGUGCUGAAUUAGGAACUAAUGAUGCAUUAAAUAUAGUAAAGAAAAUUUCGAAAGAAAUGCCAAAAUCGUUUGAAUCGAAUAUUUUUCUUCGAACUUCCCUAUUGGAUGCAUUUAUGAAAUGUGGUGAUGUUAUUACUGCUCAAUCAUUAUUUGACAUUUCAAAGCAAAAAUCAUUAUCAAUGUAUGGAGCAAUGAUGAAAGGUUAUGUAAAAAACAAUAUGUCAAUAAAAGCAAUUGAUAUUUACAAUGAAAUUCAUGUUCCGAAUGAUAUUACUACCAUUAUUUUAUUUAAUGCAUGUGCGCAAUUAGGAACAAAUGAAGCGCUAAAUUUAGUAAAAAACGUUUCAAAAGAAAUGCCAAAAUCUUUUUAUUCUAAUGUUCGUUUAUCAGUUUCUCUGUUGGAUGCAUUGAUGAAAUGUGGCGAUGUAACUGAUGCUCAAGAAUUAUUUAAUAAUUCAAUGAAGAAGUCAAUAGAAAUGUAUGGAGCAAUGAUGAAAGGUUACAUAAAAAAUAAUAUGUCGGAAAAAGCAAUUGAACUUUUUAAUAAAAUUCAAACUCCUGAUGAAGUUAUUGUGACAUUAUUAUUUAAUGCAUGUGCUCAAUUAGAAACUACUGAAGCAUUAAAUUUGGUUAAGAAAAUUUCAAAAGAAAUACCAAAAUCUUUUUAUUGGAAUCCUUUUGUUUCAACGUCUUUAUUAGACGCAUUUAUUAAGUGUGGGGAUCUGUCAAGUGCAGAAAUUCUUUUCUCAAAAAUGAAAAAAUCUGUAAUAGAUUAUGGAAGUUUAAUGAAUGGUUUUAUUAAAGAUAAUAAUCCUGAAAAAGUAUUAAAUUUAUUUAAUCAAAUGAAGAUCGAUGGCAUCGAAGCAAACGAAAUGAUCUACCUUUAUGUAAUUAAAGCUCUCUGUCAAAUAGCUGAUUAUUCAUUGUCAAAAUCAAUUAUAGAAAAAAUUCCAAAUUCUUUUCUUGUUAAUCAUCAGAUUCAAAACUCUUUAAUUCAUAUGUGGGGAAAAAUUGGAUAUGUGGAUACGGCACAAGUAAUGUUCGAAAAUAUUUCUCAACCUGAUCAAAUAGGAUAUACAGCUAUGAUUAAUGCUUAUGGUUUGAAUGGAUUAGGAAUUAAAGCUAUUGAACUUUAUCAUAAAAUGCCAGUAGAAUAUAUUAAUGAAGCUACUUAUGUUUCUGUUUUAAAUGCAUGUUCACAUAGUGGACUCAUUGAUGAAGCACGCUCAAUUUUCAAAAAUAUUCAAUUGAAAACAGUUAAAAUCUAUACUACUAUGAUCGAUUGUCUUAGUCGUGGAUCUUUUCUUAACGAAGCUCAACAAUUAAUCAAUGAAUUUGAAUGUUAUCAUCCACCUUCACCAAUCAUGUACAUGGCAUUGUUAUCAGGUAUUCGAAAUGUAAAGAAUAGUGUUUUAUCACAAAAAAUAUAUGAUCAUAUGAAGAAAAUAUUUCCUGAUAUAACUGACCCAUUGACAUCAGCAAUGGUUCUUCUUGCUAAUACUUAUGCAUCAUCAGGUGAUAUUGAAAUGGCAUCGAAAAUAAAACGAGAAAUGAUUAAAUCUGGUAAAAAGAAAAAAAUUGGUGUUUCAUGGACUGUGAUUAAUGGUCAAAUUUUUCGAUUUAGAGCUCAUGAUCAAUCUCAUCCUCGAGCAUCUGAGAUUUAUGCUGAGGGUGAAAAAAUAUCAAACGAACUUAUACAACACGGUCAUAAAUAUGAUUCUAGCUGGAUAACACGACCACUCAAUCAAGAUGAAACAAUUGCAUCUGUACUUUGUGGUCAUAGUGAAAGACUAGCAAUUGCAUUUAAUUUUGUUGUAAAUCCUAAUACAUCACUUAUUCAAGUAGCAAAAAAUCUUCGAGUUUGCGGCGAUUGUCGUAAUUAA